AUGAGAGCAGAUAUAGCAAAGUUAGCCAAUCAGAUAAAUAAGAUGAUGAUGCAACAAGGGCAGAAAAUGCAGCAGGUGCAACAAAUGUCUAUAGGUUGUGAGAUAUGUGGAGAAAGCCACACGAAGAGGCAUAUUGGGCAAUUGGCUGCACAACAAACUAGUCGACCUGCAGGGGCCCUUCCCGGCGACACAGAUAAUGAUCCUCAAGUAAAUGUUAUAACUUUGAGGAAUGCUGAGAAAGAAACUGAAGAAAGCGAAAAGACUCUGGUUGCAAGGCCACCACCUCCUUUCCCACAAAGAUUGAAGAAAAAAAGUGAUGACAGGAUGUUCAACAAAUUUCUUGAUAUGCUGAGCCAAAUUCAAUUGAACCUCCCAUUGGUUGAUGUGUUACAUGAAAUCCCAAAAUAUGCUAAGUACAUCAAAGAUAUUGUGGUUAACAAAAGGAGGUCGAAAGAGUUUGAAAUGGUUGCACUUACUGAGGAGUGCAGUGCUAGAGUACAAAGUAAGCUCCCGCCUAAGUUGAAAGAUCCAGGUUGUUUUACAAUCCUCUUGGCGAUUAGGAAACACGAGGUUGGUAGAGCCUUGUGCGAUAUGGGAGAAAGCAUUAAUUUGAUGACACUAUCAGUGUUCAAGCAGCUCAAUCUUGGAGCUCCCAAGCCUACUACUAUAACUUUACAGGUAGCAGAUUGGUCACUAGUAGUGCCUGAAGGAAUUAUUGAAGAUAUGCUGGUGCGAGUGAGGAAGUUCAUAUUUUCCGCCGAUUUCAUUAUUCUUGACUACAUGGCCGAUGAGGAGGUUCCAAUUAUUUUGGGGUGA